UUCACACUGCUGGUGCUUCUCCCCUUCUUCUUACUCUCUCUCUCUCACUCUCCCUCUCUCUCUCGGCCUCAGCAGCGGGUUACAACCUCAAACUUCUUCUUUUUUUCAACAUGACGACGACAACUUUUACGCGGAGACCAUCCGGACACUAGCUGCGAAGAGCUGAGCUGCAAAGUUCGUUUUUGGGGAGUAUCGUCUUUUUUUAAUAUUGUUCAUAAGACGAGGAGUCACAGUUUAAAUCUAACGUCUGUUUAGAAAGUCUAGAAUAUCAACCUUUUUGUGCGUAAUCGCUCGUUUUUACUUUGGUGAACGUUCAGGAGCAAACAUCUGUUCCAGGACUCGUUCUCUCAGUCUAAGAGUUAAAGUUUCGUUCGGAGUUUUCCUAACUUUCCUCCAUACAUGAGUUCAGACCUACCGUCACUGGCCAAACCCUCCGCACCGUGCGUCCUUGGUAAUUGGAGACCUCACUGUGCCAUCCACUCUACGCGCGCUCUCCCCCGCAGCAGCGAUGCAGCACGAGCGGCUGCUCAAGGUCCUGGUCAUCGGUGACCUCGGCGUCGGCAAAACGUCCAUCAUCAAGCGCUACGUGCACCAGGUCUUCUCCCAGCACUACCGCGCCACCAUCGGCGUGGACUUCGCCCUCAAGGUGCUGAACUGGGACCACAAGUCGGUGCUGCGGCUGCAGCUGUGGGACAUUGCCGGGCAGGAGCGCUACGGCAACAUGACCCGUGUGUACUACCGAGAGGCCGUGGGCGCGCUCGUCGUCUUCGACAUGACCCGACUGUCCACGUUCCAGGCCGUCCUCAAGUGGAAAGGAGACCUGGACUCCAAGGUCGCGAUGGGCAAUGGGCGGCCGGUUCCAGCAGUUCUAUUGGCCAACAAGAGUGACCAGCGGCGCCAAGGCCUCUGCCCCAAGCUGCCCAAACUGGAGAACUUCUCCAGAGAGUACGGAUUCGUCGGCUGGUUUGAAACGUCUGCCAAGGACAACAGCAACAUCGACGCCGCCAUCACGUGUCUGGUGAAAAGCAUCAUGUCAGUGGAGGAGGAGCGAGUCACCAGCGACGCCAACAGCGCCACCACCAAGAGCGACGCCAUGGACAGCGUGGUGCUGCCGCACUUCGACUACAACCAGAAGGAGAAGGGGCUGAGCGGAUGCUCCGGUUGCUCCGGAUCCAAAUCCAGAGACAACGACUGACGGAGCGAGCGAGGAGACGGGAGGGAGACCACUGCUGAAAUAUUCAGAUGUUCUAACUUGAAGCCGUCUCCUCUCCCUCGGCUUCCACAAAUUUUAUUUUUGUAACAGAAAUUAAGUUAAAAAUAAUGUAUCCCCUCAUUUCCACUGAAAAAGGUCCUUUAUUUUGAAAAAGCCAUGGUGACGAUGUUUCUUUUAAAAAGAGUUUUUGGAUGUGAACUCUGGAAAAUGUCCAGAAUAUUGGGUCUGGAUAUUUUCUGGAGUUAGUGUUUCUCAUGUGAGGCGGCAGCAGGAGAUUGUCCGGGUCAGACUCGUAACACCCAAAGCUCUGGAUUCUCCUCGUCUGUCCAAGUGGACGUCUUCAUCUUCUACGUGCACGGCUCCUCUUCUUCAUCCUGAGAUAUCAGGAUUCUUCUGGUUUUUUAUGAUCAUGAUGGGAUUGGGUGGUUUCACCUCCUGACAGGAUAAAAUCACAUUCUUCAAUGGGAAACAACUUCAUUUAAACAAGUUGAAGAAAUACAAUUAACUUGAAUUUGAAAAAACUUCAUUCCUAUAUGUGUUCCCCUUUUGAGGACAUUUUCUUAAGUUGGUCCAACAAUUGUCUUUUUCACAGUGUAGGCAUGUGCUCUAUCAGAUUUUCAUCUAUUCUUCCGGUAGUGAUCUGGAGAGGAUUUUCAUCGUCCAUUAUAGUCAGCGCAGUUCAGGUCAAAGGUCAACGCAUUAGCGCAUUCAGUGUACGCCCCUGCAUUCCCUCAGGAGUCCACACAGGGGCGCCGCAACGCACCAGACACCUGAGGAGAUCCACGUGAAAACAUGUCGGGUCCGUUUAUUCCACACAUACAAUAAAAAUGUGUAUUAAUGUUGUGUUAUAGCACUUUGUGUGUAUAUGAAUAUCUUCAUGUUUCUUAUGUUUCAUUCAGUCUAUGUGUUGUUGUUUUUUUCUCUUGACAUAAAGCUUUGGCUUU